AUGCCCGAGACACAUCUCUCCCACGAUGAGUUCUUCAACAAGCUCGGCGACCUCUUCACAGCUCGCAAAGGCAAAGACCACGGCUCGGUUUUCCUGAGCCAGAAACGAGUUGUUCACGGAUCCAGUGCCCCUGUGCCAACGGUCGAGGAUCCUUUGGCGGAUCUGAAAGACCCAGCAGACGGAGCUUCCUUCCCCGUCAUUGUCCGCGCCACCAAUGGGAAGUCCGGCGACGACAGGAAAGCCGGCAGGAGGGUGAAGCUGGCUACCGUUGUUCAGUCGGGUGACCUGGAUGCCUUCUACGCACGUUAUGCCGAGAUCUGCAAGGCCGGUAUGCUCGCGCUCAAGCCCAGGAUUCGGACAAAGCGCAAGGCCAAGUCCAAGAAGAAGAAGACCACGGCUUGA